AUGCCCGAAGUGGGGAUAUACUUGAUAUGCAGCGAGCUGCACACGUGCGAUCUGGCCGCGGUCCGGGGUACCUGCCGGGCUGCCUAUCACUCCACCAACCUCUGCUUUGCUCAACGAUAUACCGAGUAUCACACCGACUUCUCCGAGCGGUCUUUGAACCACCUGCACGCCCUGUCCGAGAACACCUUGGUGAGGAGCCACAUCCAACAUCUCGUUGUCCUCAGUCCGGAGCCCCGCCUGGGCCAGCAUCUGGACUGGAAUUGGACCGCAUCAGGGCAUCUCCGCGAUCCCCUGGCCAUGCCCCUGAUCCACAGACUGUGUGAAGACCUCACGGACCGGCUGGUCAAAUGCCGAUCGUUCAUUCUGUCUCCAAUCAUGUCCGAUCACGAAACCAAGGCUCCCGCCAACGACGAGCCUACUUUCAACCCCGACGACGUCGCGUGCGUCCUCCUCGACAUGAUCGCCGAGGCUGCCUUGCCAGUCAAGUUAUUCUGGUACGGCAAGGGCAUGAAUUACUCGUCCAAAGUCAUGGACAUUGCCCGUCUCCCCAAGGCGCUCUUCAGAAACCCGUCCUUCCAAUUCGGCUGGGGCUGCCUGGAGAACCUGCAUCUGGAACAGGAGGUGACGCCUCAAAACUAUACCUUUCUCCUGGACAUGAUUCUCAGCGCCACUGCCCUCCGCAAACUCCAUCUCAGCCUCGGCUACAGCGAUCUUGCUGUGGAGUUCUUCGCACAACUCAGUCGAUCUGUCGAUGUCUUGAGGCACCUAGAACGGAUCUCCAUCUGGGGAACCUCACUGAGAAACGACGAUAUCAUUCGCCUUCUAUCCGGGACACGGACCAGUCUCUCGAAGCUGAGCCUGCGAGGAGUCACGUCGUUGGACUCGCAGUGGCUGGUAUAUCUCGGUCAACAUCGGAGCCAUUUCCCUCACCUCACAAGCAUCGACUUGAGUAUGAUCCAGGGACCCGAUGGCAUGUUGCGCUUCACGCCCGUUCAGAACCUCCCUGCACCGCAGAAGAGUAUGUUCGGCUUGGAGACCGAUGUUCAUGGGCGGCUUCCCAACAUGGGGGUGGACCGGACCGAUAUCAUCGGCGUCACCUAUACCGGACCGGACAUGGGGGCAGCCUUGGAUGUAUUGGUACAGAUAUGUGAGGGACCUAUGAGGGGUCAUUGA